CGGCGGUUCAGAUAUGAUAGGUAUUCCAUCUCGCUACAUCCGAAGCCCGAGCAAAUCAACCAACAUACAUAUCUCCCUUAGGUAGGUAGUAAAGUAAGUAAGCAGUAAAAAGCACGAAAACCCAAAAUGCACAAAGGCAAGGCAGCCGAGACAAUGUAGAGCCGCAGCUGCCGCUGUCGCCGAUGCCCCAGCUACUGUAGGGAGUGGCGCCCACGUUCUGUGUCAAUGGUCUUUUGUCUUGCACGCGGGCUUUUUCUAAGAAAUACACGCAGACACACAGAGAUCGCCACACUUCUUUCUUUGAGCCAACGCCCUAUAUUUCUCACCCACGUUUUCUAUGUCCUUAAUUAGCCCAGGAAGCUCAAUAUCAGGGUCAAUCUAUACCUUCUGGGACUUAGGUACCUGAAGACACAACUUAGACGGGUUGGGGUUGCGUAUUUAACCCAGGGAGUACGUACAGAAGCCGGCCGGCCAAUGAGAGGCGCAAAAAGCGAAACAUCGAAAAGAUGUCGAAAGACUAUGAGAUGAGCAGCUUCAAGCGCCGCGAUGACGAUGAUAUCGGGCCAAAGUCCACGUCAGCGGAUAUCAUCAAUGCGGACACAUUCUCGGCUGAGGAGGAACCAUUGUCGGCGGGUCGCCGGACUAAGCUUCUGAUCGAGAAUGAUAAUCAGACGCUGUCGCGCCUGGGGAAGGUGCCGGUGCUUAAGCGCAACUUUGCCCUGAUGUCCAUGUUAGGGUUUAGCUGCACGGUGAUGAAUACCUGGGAAGGAGAACUCGUACUAUUUCUUCUGUCGUAUGAGAAUGGAGGCUCCGCGGGCUCGAUCUACGGCUACAUAAUCGUCUGGAUUGGUACCUUGUGUGUGUUUGCAAGUAUGGGUGAACUUGCGUCAAUGGCACCGACGUCGGGGGGCCACUACCACUGGGUAUACAUGCUAGCACCAACCAAGUCACGCAAGUUCUUGAGUUACUUCAUCGGCUGGUUAACAGUAAUCGGCUGGCAAGCCGCCGUCGCGAGCCUCGGCUUCCUCGCCGCCGGCCUAAUCCAAGGUGUCGCCGUGAUGGGCAACGCGAACUACACGCCGCUAGCCUGGCAAAAGACGCUCUUACUAUGGGCGUCGAUCGCGUUCGCCGUCUUCGUCAACACGGUCGUCAGCAGCGCGCUGCCCAAGAUCGAGGGGCUCGUCCUCAUCCUGCACGUGCUCGGCUUCUUCGCCAUCCUCAUCCCCUUGGUGUACCUGAGCCCCCACGGCAGCGCGAGGGAGGUCUUCACGGUGUUCUCGAAUGAGGGCGGCUGGCCGACGCAGGGGCUCGCGUUUAUGCUGGGCAUGAUUGCGUCGGUGUUUAAUUUUCUUGGUGCCGAUGGUGCUGUACAUAUGUCCGAAGAGAUCCAAAACGCCGCCAUCAUCGUCCCACGCGCCAUGGUUUUGACCAUCGUCCUAAACGGCGCCCUCGGUUUCGGCAUCCUAGUCGCCAUAUUAUUCUGCGUCGGAGACGUCGACGCCAUCCUCGAGUCUCCCACGGGCUACCCCUUCAUGGCUAUCUUUGAGCAGGGCGUCGGUUCGGAGCGCGGCGCGCAGACCAUGGCAUCCAUCCUGGUGAUCCUCAAUCUCUGCGCCACCGUCUCCCUGGUCGCUUCGGCGUCCCGGAUGACCUGGUCCUUUGCGCGGGAUAGGGGGUUGCCGGGGUGGUUCUACAUUAGCAAGAUCGAGCCCCGGACCUCCAUCCCCGUGAUCGCCAUCGCCCUGACAACCGUGAUCUCCUACCUGCUCGCGCUCAUCAACAUCGGCUCCUCCGUCGCCUUCAACGACAUCGUCUCGCUCGCCAUCAACGGGCUGUACGGCUCGUACCUCAUCGGCAACAGCCUGCUGCUCUGGCGGCGGCUCGCCGGCCACAUCCGCCCGUACAACCGGGACCACGAAGGGCUGACGAACGUGUCGCACGACAACCUGUCGUGGGGGCCGACGCGGAUCCCCGAGCCGCUCGGGAGCAUCGUCAACGCGUUCGGGUGCGCUUUCUUGCUUGUGAUGCUGUUCUUUAGCUUCUGGCCGACGGCGAUCAAUCCGACGGCUAGCACGAUGAAUAUGAGCGCGUUGAUGGUGGGGGCGACGCUGAUUUGGUCGGUGGUGUACUAUGCUAUCUGGGCGAGGAAGGUGUAUUCUGGGCCGGUUAUUCAGGUCAGCUAAGCUAACUAGGUAGGUAGCUUGAACCUUUGGCCUUAAACUGUUGUUUAUAUGAGCUGCGGCUCUGAAUUCGCCAAGCAUUUCCCCCCUAUUUUAGCCUCAUUGGCUCAGUUCAAAAUAGCAACAGCUCAAGGACACUCAGGGGGGGGGGGGGCAUUAUAACACACAUGUAUAUAAGAAUGUUACGAUUAUCUACAGCACCUUGUUUAUAUAGUUUAGAGAUACUUCAUCAGGGGCCAAAAUAGGAGUUAUCAACGCCUUCCAAGGUUCUAACAGAUCCAAUCCAUUCAUUCGUAAAAAAU